AUGGCUAACGGCUGUGCAACCGGGGUUGAGAAGAAUGAUGUGAGUCAGGAGUCAGGACUAAGCCAAGGUGAGUACAAUUGUUCGGCUUGGAAAUUGAAUUCGGGUCUCGAAGCUUUUGAAGAUGACAUUGACGAUGACCAGUAUAUACCUGGAAUGUCAGAUGGACAGUUUCUUCCCGAGUCGGGACGCGAGGCUACAGUACAAAUGAUGAUGGAGCUCCUUCGAGACAACGUGAAGAGUCUGAAUCUCCAAAUGGAAGAUCAACACGGCGAAGAAGUGGAAUCUGCUGAAGGCGAAGAUUGCGAGGAAGAAGUUCCAAUCAGGCUUCCUGAGCGAAUCGAAGUUUGUGAUUUGGACCUCGAUCCUGGCUUUUGCGGACUCUUCUUGCGGGAUCAACUCUGCAGAUACUCUCCGGAUUUCUUGCAUGCAUAUUGGCGGCCCCGAGCCACGGCGGAGCAGUGCGAAGCGCUAGAGGAAUGCGAAGCAUGGAACCUCGAAGAAUUGGGGGAGUUGCAAGAGGAAGACUUCCAGGCCAUUGAGGAGGAGAUGCGCAAAGAAGAGUUUGAGGUUGGCAUGCUCGUGGCUGAAUAG